UUGGUGGAGUAUAAAACCGAAACGUCUCUCUGCUGGCACAUCAAUACGCGCAGACUAUCGAUCAACGCGACUUAAGCAAGGAAGCCAGUGCUAGCUCCCGACUCACAAACCGAUUCGAUUUCAAUUGUUAACGGCAGCAAAAGCCGCCGACGCCAACAGCUUUUUAUUGUACCUCAACCAGAGUGUUGGUGGGUCUUCUCCGCGGAUGCGCGCGCGUUUGUGUGUGUACGAUUAGGGAUCGCAAAAUUUUUUAUUGAAAAAGAAGUGUGAUUAGGGAUUAAAAUGUCGGCACAAAAAGUGGAAAGUGCACAAAAGCAGCAAAACCAAAGCCGAAAUCAAAUUGGCGCACACGAAAAUGCCGGUAAAAUGCAAAAAGUUCCGACGCAAAAUACUAACAGCGUUUUGGAGCUCGACUACCUCCGGGAACGUUUACAGCACUUGCAAGAUAGUCUACUUAAAGAUUUCAAAAAGUGCAUGAACGAAGAAAUCGAAAAUGUUGUGCAGGAGUUGCGUCAACACGAACUCCAACUAAAUGAAUUCCGAGGCUUUGCUAAAUCACAACACACGAGCACCUGGAGCAAUCGCAUUGCAGUAACGGAAGACGCCCAAACGGCCAAUGGCAAUGUACCUACUGAAAAAUCCAAAGAAAUCAAUGCCGAAAGUAAGGAUAACAAAUUGGCAGGAAAACACAAAAAACAGCCCCGACCGCUGCCCGACAAAGUGUUCAAAAUACGCGAAUCGUAUCUCACGGCGUUACUGGAGGUCGACCACAUGCGCACCAUUUAUCACAUAUUCGUCGCAAUAUUGCUGAUGCUACUCAUACAAAGCAUUUCGUAUGAUUAUUUGGCCGAGGGAAGAGUGUACUUCGGUUUGGGCACAUUUAAAUCGUCUUUGGAGAAAAUUGAAUACGUUUUUGGCAUUUGGUUAUUGGAACAUGCCGUCGUAUUUCUGCUUUAUUACGCCUUCAAAAUGUGGACUAACGUGCGGGUCAAAUUGGCUAGGCAACCGGCGCUCCAAAGUUUCUGGUCGCAUUCCUGCCUAAUAACAUACAUUAGCUCACAAUUAUUGUUCGGUUAUGUAGCAUCGGCACUUUGCCUUAAGCUGGAUCUAACUUUUAUAACCGCCUCCAUUUUGCUGCUCGAGUCCACUAGACUGCUGAUGAAAAUGCAUUCCUUUGUGCGCACAAAUGCCGGACGUGUGCUCGCCGGCAAACUGAAAACAGAUGCGUUAUCAGGUGAUGUUGACGACAUAUAUGAUGUACAGCAGUCAGCACAAGCCAUACACCUGCCAAGCUUCAGUUCCUACUUAUACUUUCUCUUCGCACCGACACUCAUCUAUCGCGAUAGCUAUCCGCGCACAACGCAUAUUCGUUGGAAAUUCGCCUUGGCGCGUUUCAUGGAAGUGGUUGGAGUUGCAUUCUUUUACAGUUAUAUAUUUGAACGUCACAUUAGGGUACAGUUCGAAAAUAUUGGAAAUGAGGAAUUGAGUCUGCGCACUUUGGUCAUUAAGUUACACAGCAUGGUUAUGCCCAACAAUAUCAUCUUUUUAUGCGGUUUCUACCUCAUUCUACAUUCUUGGUUGAAUUUCACCUCGGAAUUGUUACGCUUCGGCGAUCGCAUGUUCUAUAAGGAUUGGUGGACUUCGUCAACGUAUGAUGAAUAUUUCCGUAAUUGGAAUGUUGUGGUGCAUGAUUGGCUCUACGAGUAUAUCUAUAAGGAUUCUUAUAAUCACUUGUUUAAGGGCGCAAAGUUACCAGCAAUGUUAAUGGUAUUCUAUACGUCGGCGUUGGUGCACGAACACAUAAUCGGAUUUGCAUUGAAACUAUUCUUCCCAGUGAUGUUUUGUUUCUUUGGCGGAUUUUCUGUGGGUCUGUUAUUUCUCUUCAGAAACGCCUCCAAGAGAGUUGGUAAUUUCGUGGUAUGGUUUACACUGAUCUUUGGCAAUGGCUUACUAUUUUCCUUAUAUAGUAUAGAAUAUUACGCGCGCCAAAAUUGUCCAAGAACUUAUGAAAGUUGGACGGACUACUUUGUGCCCACAGUGUGGACUUGCUACAACAGAUAAUAGUACUACAAGUCGAACAAAUUUUUGUACAUAUAUUUUUAUUGUACAUAUAGAGCUUUAGAGGUUAUAGUGAAGGAUAGGCCUAAUUUUCUUUCUAAUUAAUUAGAUGUAUCUUUGUAAAUAUGUAUGUCAAUUCAUAGUAAUUAAAAUAUUAGAAUGUCCUCAACAAUCUUUUUCUACAAGCUUUGAUGUGCUGUUUUUACUAAGAAACUUUAUAGAUUUCUCGUAACAAUAGUCGUUAUA